AAGGAACAUCUUAACUUUUCUUGAGUGAGAAAGUUUUACGGUUUUUGAAAUUCUGUUCAUGCUUUAAGAUUAAAAAAUAUGCAUUGAUCUUAGUAAUUUUUUUUUGAUCCCCAGUACCAGUGCCAGGCAGGCACUUGUGUGACUGAGCUGUAUCCGCAGCCCCUAUUAUCUCAGUAAUAUUUGUCUCAGUACUAGCUUUAAAAAUGAUAGUUCUAUGAUAGGUUAUUAGCAUUUCCUUUAUAUUCCUGUAGGUAGAACUCCUGUAUAGAGAGUUGCCUUUUUUUUUUUUUUAACCUGACAUAUGAGUCUUACCAAAUUGCCUAGGAUGGGCUUGAAUUCACAGUCCUGCCUUAGUCUCCCAAGUAGCUGGGGUUACAGGUUUGCACCAUUGUGCCUGGCAAAGUUACUAAUUAGUAUUGCCAUUUGAAAGCUAAUCUGUUUUGCUUAGUGACACUUGCCUAGCAUGCAUGAAGCCCCCAGUUCCCUUCCCUGCACUACACACACACACACACACACACAGAGUCUGUUACCAAAGCCUACAACUUGUGACAGAAACACUGAGGCACUCACAGUUAGGAAAGUAUGUGGGAAGGUUCAAAGAUUAUAGGCAUUUACGGUGGCACUAAGGCAAGUGUAACUAGGACUAAUUUGUGGAAGAUGAAGAUUGAGAAAUUUGUAUGUGAGAUAGCUAUUCAGAAGCAAUGGGACUAUUGAAUGCUAGUUGGAUUCCACUAGACAUAAUGGCACACUGCUGCAUCCCCAGUUACUACAGAGAUAGGCUGGAGAAUUAAAUUGGGACCAGCCUGGGCAACUUAGUAAAACCUUGUUUUAAGAUUCUAAAAAGGGCCACAUGUGGUACAUGCCUGUUUUCCCAGCAUUUGGGAGGCUGAGGCAGAAUAAAGUUCAAGGCCAGCCUGGGAUACAUAGCAAGACACUCAAGAAACUUUUUUUUUUAAAAAAACUAGGGAUGUUCAUAGAGAUUAGAGCACUGGCUUAGCAUAAGAGAAGCCCUAGGUCCAAUCCCUAAUGCUAGGGGAAAAGCAAACCCAGAACACUGGCAUUUGUUGAGGAACACAGGAAAUUUAUGGAAGGAAUCUGGGAAGACUUGCUCCCUGAAUGCAAGAGAGAGGAAAAUGGAUUUUUAUAGACUUUAAGAAAAUAGUAUUUGGGGGCUAGGGAUUUAGCUUAGCGGCAUAAGGGCUUGCCUUGCAAGCAGGCAGUCAUGAGUUCGAUCCCUGGUACCGAUAAAAAAGACCAAAAAAAAAAAAAAAGAAAAUAGUAUUUGUAAGUAGAGAUAAGGAAAUUUGGUAAAACAAGGUUUUUGAGAUGGGAAGAAAGGUGAUUUUAGUUUUAGAAAUGUUAAAUUGAAGCCGUUGGUAGAACAUCUAAAGAGAAUUGAAUUUUAGAAGCAUGGAGAAAUGACUGUAGGGCAUAGGGGAUGUAGCUCAGUGGUAGAGCUCUCACUAGCAUACAUUAGACCUACAUUUGAGCCUCAGGACUGCAAAAACUAGGGACAGAUUUGGGAACCACUUAAAUAGAAAAUAAAGUUGAAACCUCAAAAAUGUAUGCAUUUAUCAGUGGUAGUGGUAGUUCUUUUGGAAACAAGAUCUUGCUAUAUUGUUCAGACUGGCCUAGAACUUGAAGUUCUGCCUCAGUCUCUUAAGUAGUAAGAACAUGUUUUAAAGGAAGCACCAGUAAGCAGAAGACCAAGCAGAAAUACAGAAGAAAAGAUUUUCUUGAAAGUUACCAAAAGCAGAAGACAAAGGUGUAAGAAAAGCAGUAUAAUAGUAUAGGACAGUGGACAAAGGAAGACAAUAUUAAAGCUCAUUAUUUCAGUUUUACUCUCAGAGGAAACAGUUGGAUAUGACCAGUAGGCUGCCAAAAGUAAUCCUAAGUAUUUUGAGGAUUUAAUGAUUAAUAGGAUAAAUGAAUAUGCAAAAGAAAUACUCCCUUUCCCCUUUGGUAAAGUUUGCUGAAGGAUGAGGACAUCCAUGUAAAAAACCUGUUGGGGGGACUGGGAUAUAUCUCAGCUGUAUAAGCGCCUGCCUAGCAAGUGCAAGUUCCUGAGUUUGAUUCCCGGUACCAAACAAACAAAAAAAACCUGUUGGGUAAUAAUCUUUAUUUUAUUGGCACAAAGCUGCUGCUUAUUCCAAAAAACAAAGAUCAUCUUAAAACUAUUUUAUUAGCUAAUUAUAUUCUUCCUAUUAAUGAGUAGAAAAUUCUGGCCCUUUCUGCUAGACUUGGAAGACAGAUGCUUUAAGAAUGUUGAUUUAAAUGAAUUUAAUGCAUUUUCUGUAUGUUUACAGAUGGGACAUGAGUGGGUUUGGUUGGAUUCUGAACAAGACUAUCUCAAUGACUCUGAGUUGAGCAACAACUACAGAUCCCUCUUCAGCUCAUGGGACUCCAGUCUGGAUCUUGAUAUGGGCAACUGGAGGGAAAUCGAGGAUCCAGAGGUGGAGGAACCAGAGGAAAGCAGCCCAGGGAAAGAACCUAGUGAGCUGUUUGUGGAGGAUGGAGGCAGUGAGGAAUCUCAGGAAGAAGCGGAGCAAGUCAGCUGCCAGAACCUCCUUCAGUUUCUCUCUGAGGGGGAGGCUCAGCAAGAAUCCAGAGGAAAAGACCAGGGUGAAGGGUAUGUUUCAGAGACAGAAGACCAGCCCGCUUCAGGAGACUCUGAUGAUGGCUUCAGCAUUCAGGAAACUCCACUGGUGGAUAUUGUCUUCAGCCAUGCUAACUCCUCAAGACUGACUGAUCUAAGCCAAGGUGACCCUGUUCAUGAUCAUUUGCCAUUUAAGAAGACUCUUCUGUUAGUAUGGAAGAUGGUUGCUAGUCACAGGUUCAGCAGUCCAUUUCUAAAACCUGUGUCAGAAAAGCAGGCCCCAGGGUACAACGAUGUGGUAAAAAGACCCAUGGACUUAACUAGCCUGAAGAGGAAUCUGUCUAAGGGACGGAUACGUACCAUGGCGCAGUUCCUGCGAGACCUGAUGCUGAUGUUCCAGAAUGCUGUGAUGUACAAUGACUCUGAUCAUCACGUGUAUCACAUGGCUGUGGAGAUGCAGCGAGAAGUCUUGGAGCAGAUUCAGGUGCUGAAUAUUUGGUUAGACAGAACAAGAGACCUAAGUAGUCCAGAACCAGUACCAGCCAACCCAGUGGAUGGUGGGAAUCUGCUCUGUUAACCGGGGUCUGCUGCCACAACCAUUUCCAGAGUUUUUUUACCUUCUCCUUGAGACUGAUCAAAAAAGAUCCUAGAACACUUCAUAGUUGUCUUUUCUAGUAAGAGUGAUGUCUUACCUUGCAACCAAGAAGCUGAAGAUGCCUGAAAGUCUGAUAUUUUUAGAGAUGGUGAUGUGGGGGAGCUGAGAUUUGGGUUUCUGCCAUUAAUAUGCCUACAUUUUUGUUCUACAGGCUUAAUCUGUAGGCAAUUAGAUGAAACAUUUUACUAUUGUUGUAUAAAUAAAUAUUUCAUAAACCAG